AUGGCAGCUGGGACCCCGGAAUAUAUAACUUCCCUUCAAAACGAUUUGGACUAUCAUUUCGCGAACAUAAGACUUCUCGUCGAGGCGCUUCGAGCACCAGGCGCUGGGUGCAAUACGCCGAACAAUUUCCAAGAUCCAGAUGGAUAUAGACGGCUAAGCCAGCUUGGAGAAAGCGUCAUUCAUCUGGUUAUUGCUGAUGAAGGGUACACCAAAGGGCAUCAGCGAGCGAAAGUUAGCUUUGAUUCGCAAAGUGUUACGCAAAGAGCUUUGACAUGCGCAAAUCGGAUAAAUCUCAGCGAAUGUAUCAGUACAAACCUGAGUCAGCAAGGAACACCACCAUCAAUCAAGAUGGUAACACAGUCCAUGAUGGCCUUGUGCGCGGCGAUAUACAUCGAUUGUGGGCGAGAUGUUAUCCGGCUCAAAGGUGCUCUACAACACAUCGACUUCAUAGACAAUGAAGAUUACGCGAACGCUGAUAUGGACAACUGUUCAUGA